AUGAAGAGAAAAUCGAUUUUCAUCAAAAAGAAUGUCAUAAAGGCGCAAAACACGUUGGAUAAGUUUGGCAUUUUUAAGAAGGUGAACGUGCUGAAGAAGGAGCAGCCGGAGAAGCAGAGGCAAAAAGAAACAGACGACGAGGGGGUGGAGGUCAAAAGGGGAGGAGACACCAUUAAGGUGAAAAAGGAAAUCCAUAACGAUAGGGAGAAUGAAAAAAGGAAUGAUAAUAUCAUCAAAAGUGAACACAGCACAGACGGGCAGCCGUCAUUCGGGGUUAAGGUAAAGUUAGAAGAUCAUUCGGCCCCCAAUAGAAACCGAGAGGGGGACACAAAAGACCCCUUGGGGAAGUACUUUGGUGGGAGGAGCGAAAGGGGGGGCCGCAGCAGUGGGGGAGAAGGCGAUGUGGAAGACAGCAGGGGGGAUAAUGACGAGAAUUACGAAAAUGACGACAGUGCCAACCAUGGAAAACAUGGCAGCAGUGACUAUAUAAACGAAAUUCGAAGCAAGAGAAAUCCAUUGCUCAGUACCGUACUGGAUGAAGAUUUAAAUUUUAAUUUAAUUUUGUGUGGACCGCCCGGCUCAGGAAAAUCCUCCCUAGUUAAUGUUAUAAAAAAUAAAACCAGCAAUUUGUUCAUCUCGCUAUUCCACCUGAACAACUUAAAUAAUGAACUCAGAAAGGUAUACGACCAGUCAGUUAUCAAUUACAAAUUGUCCAAGAAGAAGACCAUUUUGUGCAUAAAAGAUAUAAAUAGGCUGAACAAAAGUCAGCAAGAAAAUCUAUUGCUAAUUUUGAAGAAAGGCUAUUUCUACCUUCUCGCCACGUGCCUUUUCAACCCCAUGAAUAUUUUAAAUGCUUCUCUGAGUUCGAGGUGCUUGUAUUUAUAUCUUAGCCCGUAUGACAAAAUAGAACUCGCGUUAAUUAUCAAAAGGAUAAUUAACAAGCUGGACAUUGACAUUGAGGACAAUGCUUUGGACAUAAUAAUGAACCACUCCUGUGGGGACGCCAGGGUGGCCAUCAACAUCAUCGAGUUUGCCAUUAAGAGUAUGGAGCGCGAGGAGCAGAAGGAGAGGGAGAGGGAGAGGGAGGAGGAGAGGGAGCAGAAGGAGAGGGAGGAGGAGAGGGAGCAGAAGGAGAGGGAGAAGGACAAAGGGAGGGACCAUCCAAACUAUCUGAAAAAGGACAGUCGAAAUGAAAUUGAGGAGGACAAACGAAACAUGGAACACGCGGAGGAAGCAAAAAAAAGUUGUGACAUGAUAACGAAUCAGUUCAAACUGAAGGACUUUAGCGAACUGCACAAAUGGGCAUCAUCCACACAGAUUAAAAAAAAAGUUAUCCAGCUAGCUAAUAUAAAAAAUUUUUUGCAAAACUUCCCAUCGAACGAUAACAAGCUAGACCAUUUCAACUUUAUCUCCGGAUUACACAAAAGUAUCAGAGCUGGAAAUAUCAAAGCGGCUAUUUUGUAUUUAACAAAAUCUUUGAAGAACGGGGAAGAUCCGUUAUACAUUUGCAGACGGUUAAUUAGAAUAGCUUCUGAGGACAUCGGGUUGGCGAACCAUGACGUGCUGUCUAUUUGUAUCAACACACAUUAUGCAUGCAAGGCUAUAGGGAUGCCUGAGUGCCAGACGGCGCUAAUAUACGCCGUCAUUGUUUUAUGCAAAUCGUCCAAAAGUAACUACAUUUAUCUUGUGGAAAAUAACGCCAAGCAAAUUUGCAACGAUUAUAAAUUCGACGUGCCCUUUCAUUUGAGGAACACAUCCAACAAGUACGUCUACACCAACCAGCCCGAAAUUCUCACCUUCGAGGAGCAUUUGAACAAGUACAAGGAUGUGCAGAAGUAUUUGCCCGACUAUAUAGAAAAGUUGGAGCUUUUCCCCGAGCUAUGA